CGGAGGUGCGGGUGUCAUGGCGUCCGGGGGGCACGGCGGCGGCGGGCGCGGAGCCGCCGAGGCGGGGACGGAGCCGUCCCUGAGGGGAGAAGGCGCGGAGCGUGCGGGCACCGGCAGCGGCAGCAGCGAGAGCGGCUCGUGCGCCACCUCGCUGUCCGCAAGCUCCGAUGACCUUGAGCCCGAAUGGUUGGAUGGUGUGCAGAAAAAUGGGGAAUUAUUUUAUUUAGAAUUGAGUGAAAGUGAAGAAGAAGUUCUGCUUCAGAACAGCUGCCCAGAAAUGCCAACAGUGAAUCAUGUCAGGUUUCGUGAAAAUGAAGCUGAAGUUAUUCAAGAGGGAUCAAGAAAAGAAAGAAAGUACGAACUGAAGAAAUUGACCAAGAUCUUAAAAAAGAAGAAUCUUCUACCAAAGCAUUCUGUUAAGAAAGGCAAUGGAAGCUGUGGUCCUACUUCCAUAUUGAAACAGCAGUCUUCUCAGAAAAUGGGUGUCACUGUUCAGCAGAAAUACAAAGAUGUAUAUGUUUAUGUAAAUCCCAGAAAACUGUACAGAGCUGGAGAAGACGAGCAGCAGAGGCUGCUGGAGGCCUUAGUAGGGAUUGUCCAUCAGUCUUCAUGGAGUACCAGAAGAGCAGAAAAACAAGGCAGAAAGGAUAAAGUCAUCAGUGAAGAGAAGCUUGUAGUACAUGGCUUGGUGCCAGGUAGUUCAGCAAUGAAAACGGGUCACAUCUUGAUUGGAGAUGCUCUAGUUGCUGUAAAUGAUGUUGAUGUCAAUUCUGAAAACAUAGAAAGGGUUUUGUCUUGCAUUCCAGGUCCUAUGCAGGUUAAACUUACAUUUGAAACAUCAGUAUUUGAGCCUGAAGUAACUUCUCAGCAAAGGAGUCAACGGGCACAGUCAAGUAUGAACAAUCUACUUCGGCUUUUGUGGGGAGAAGAUAGUGCAGACCUUCAGCAGGCUAUACAAGAUGUGCCUCAUAUUGUUAUGUUCCUUUCAAUGAAACUGGACUCUGAAACAUCUAAGGAUGAGCAAGAAAUUCUUUAUCAGUAUCCCAUAUCAGAAGCCUCCCAAAAACUGAAAAGUGUGAGAGGAAUAUUUCUCACACUGUCUGACAUACUGGAAAGUGUGACUGGUACCCAGAUUAUCAGUUCUUCCCUUUUCUUAUGCGAAAAACUGGUUCAAGUUGUUUACUGGAAAGAAUCUGACAAGUUACUUGUAAUUGGCCUUCCUGAAGAAAAUGUGCCGCUUUCUCAGCUGAGGAACAUGAUGGAAGAUGUUGUCAGCACCUUGAAAUUUAUGUAUAGUUCCUUAGACAGUGCUUUUUGCCAGGUGGAAAAUGUUUCUCGUCUGGAUCAUUUUUUCAACCUGUUCUUCCAGCGUGCGCUUCAGCCUGCAAGACUCAAGUCAAACACCAGCCCGAGUGUUCAGCACUAUGAUACCUGCAGUGCAAUAUUUUUAGACAAUCUCCCAGGCUUGCGCUGGCUGACGCUGCCUCAGGAAAUCAAGAUAGAAAUUGACACAGCACUGAGUGAUCUGGAAGCCGCUGAUUUUGCAGAGCUGUCUGAAGAUUAUUAUGACAUGAGAAGAUUAUAUAUGAUUAUGGGUUCUUGUCUCUUCUACAAGGGUUACUUGAUUGGUAAUCACCUGCCAAAGGAAGAUCUUCUGGAUAUAGGUUUAUAUUGUCGGCACUAUUGCCUGUUACCGCUGGCAGCAGAACAGAAGAUCGGUCAGUUAGUGAUAUGGCGGGAAGUAUUUCCACAUCAUCAUGUGCAGCCAUGUGACAUUUCAAGUUUUACAGGAUACACAGAACCUGAAGCAAGAUACUUUUUAUUGAUAGUUGGCUUGAGACACUUCAUGCUGUGUGUCCUACUAGAGGCAGGAGGCUGUGCUUCAAAAGCUAUUGGGAAUCCAGGACCAGACUGUAUAUACGUAGAUCAAGUCAAAGCCACUAUACUUCAACUGGAAGGAAUAGAUGCUGGCAUUGAGGAAAGGCUAGAUUCUCCUUCCAUUCCACCUUUAGCUUGUGCUGACUGGUUCCUUUCUGCAACACGUGACAAACUGGAAAACUUGACCACCUCACCCAUCCCCAAUAAGCUACAAAAUACUUCCAAAUCAGUAACGACUCCAGCAAGCAGAAGGACCCUGUUUGGCGACUCUUCCUUAAUGUCACGUAAGCUGAGUCCUACAAGAAACAGUGGAGGACCAGGCCCCAGGAAUGAAGGUCCUGUGGAGGAUGAAAGCAGUAAUCCACAGUCUGUAGUGGAUCAGAUCACUAGAAAAAAAUAUACCCUACCAAAUCCAUUUAAUUUAGGAAACCUCAAAAAGAAUCUUUCGGAGAAAGAUACAGAACUUCUUAAUGCUCUAAAGUUGACAUCUGGUCCUGAAAAUACCCUCUUCCACUAUCUAUCUUUGGAAACUAUGCAAGGAAUCUUUAUUACUCCAACUCACAAAGAAGUAGAACGGCUUGGUGGCUCCAUCCACCCCCAGUUAAUUGAGAAUUUCUAUCGUUGCUGCCUUUCCAUUCGUUCCAUUUUUCAGCGGUCCAUGAGGAAAGAACAAAAGAAAAAAGCAGGCGGUGGGAUUUCAGAAUUUAGUAAGGCAGCUGAGGACCUAGAUAUGAUAACAGAACAUGGAGUUUUGUUUGAGUGCUCCCCUGAUAACUGGACUGAUCAGAAGAAACCACCACCAACAAUGAGUUACUGGGUUGUGGGGAGACUUAUUCUGCAUCCAAAACCUCAGGAGUGUUACGUGUGCUUUCAUGAUUCAGUGACAGAAGCUGCUGUUGAACUGGCCUUUAAACUGUCCUUUGGCUUAGCUACAUAGAUGAGCUUCCUGAACAUUCAGCCUGCCUGUGGGGUGUUGCCAUCUCAAAGUACUUCAAUAAAAAGAGAAGUUAACUGUGGUGCCCUCCCAUGGCCUACAUUUGAAAUGCAUUAAAAAAAAAAAACAAAACAAACCUACCUUGUGGUAUAACACAGGUAAAACUUCAGUGAUUAUUCUAAUGAUCUUAUCAAUUGAAUACUUAAAGAACAUGUCAGAGAACCAAAUUUCUUAUUUUUAUAUACUGUCAAAUUAUUUAUUGUGACCAUAACUUCAUUAUAUGAAAACAUCACCUAAUUUGUACAUUCACUGCUGUUCAGUGUGUAAUACGCAAUGUAAAAUAACAAGCUGAUAUCCUCAAAGUACUCUCUGAAUAUUUGGUAGUGAUGGAGGUUAAAAAAAACAGUUUUCCAAUUAGUUUAAAUUUUACACCUCUAAGGGCAUGAAAAAUACUGUAUGUUUUCAGUAACUUUGUGUUAAUCAAAAUGGAAAGAAAUUUUUCAGCCAAUUCAUGGCAUUUAGCCACAAAAAACUAAUGGCUUCUAAUUUUUGCCAGUAUGGUCUCUUGCACACUGGUGACUACAGUGUGGUUGGUAUUUUACUUCAUGAGUUUUAACUAUACUUGUAUUUGUUAAAGCAAUUUCAAAGGCACAAAUGAAGAUGGGGGGCAGAGGCAUGCCGGUUUUAAGACCUAUGGACUUGGUUAAUUUUGUAUUAUAUUAAUAAUUUCAUAAUAAAAAAGUAUAUUUGUCAAA